CUCAUGUAUAAAGUUCUAAAGGAGCAUCCACAAUAUGAGCAAGAGAACCCCCUAGCACAAGACAAUCAAAACAAUGGCUUUUUCAUCCUAUUUCAUGCUCUCUUCUGUCCUGAUCGUUGCAUCGCUAAAUAAAAUCUGGGCUGUCGAGUACACUGUCUCAAACACAGUCAAAAACACUGAAGGCGGUGCGAUCUUCGCAGAUCGGAUUGGAGAUGCAUAUGCCCGGCAGACGAUGAUGGCAGCCACCGACUUCAUAUGGCAGGUCUUCCAGCAAGCGACUGCAGCUGACCGGAAAGAUGUGCCUCAUGUGAGCUUGAUCAUCGAUAACUUAUAUGACAUUGCAGCCACAGCAGGCAGUGAAAUCCAUUUCAGUGCUAACUAUCUCAGCAAAAUACAAGGUGAUAAGGAAGAGUUCACCGGUGUGAUGUACCACGAGAUGACGCACGUGUGGCAGUGGGACGGAAGAGGGAACCCGAGCGCUGGAAAAGUAAUCGAGGGAAUUGCCGAUUUCGUGAGGCUGAGGGCGAAUCUUGCGCCAGCGACGUGGCCGAGGCGGGGGAGCGGGGACAGUUGGGGCGAGAGCUCCGCCGUGACGGCCUAUUUCCUGGAUUACUGCGAGAGUCAGAGGAACGGGUUCGUGGCGGAGCUGAACAGGAAGAUGAGAGAUGGCUAUAGCGACGACUUCUUCAUGCAGUUGCUGGGAAGGUCGGCUGAUCAGCUGUUCAGCGAGUACAAGGCCCGGUAUGGAGGGGGGGACUAAGUAGAGAUAUGCUGCUGUUUCCACAGCUUUGUUCUAUGAACUAUCCAUGAGAAUAAAAACCUUGAUAGGUCAAAUAAAUCAAGAAUUUGAGUGAUAAAUUAAGGAUAACGCUUGUUCCGUCUCCGGGCUCUUUUGGUGAAUUUUUUCAGGCAUAUCGUCUUUUACGCA